CGACAACAACCGCUUCUUCUUCCUCAUCCCUCGGGUGUCUUCGAGUGUGUUCACAGAUUUACAAAGAAACUUGUCUUCACGUUAAUCACGCCACGUGUCUGAACCCAAUUUCCAACGUGUCUCUCACAUUCUCGAAUUCGACUCUUUUAGUGGUUCUCGUCCUCUCUGGGCUUUUAGACUGGGCUCGAACCAUCUCCAUUCCACCGAUAACAUCGAAACCCGCCACGUGUCCUCCCUCCUCUGUCUCUCGUCUAUAUAUCCACGCUCUUGUUCGUCGAUUCGAGAUCACACACACAACCACCAAACACAAAGCUUUUCAAAACCCAGAGAAAAUGUUCAUCGAGAGCUUCAAAGUAGAGAGUCCAAAUGUCAAAUACACAGAGAAUGAGAUCAAUUCGGUGUACGAUUACGAAACAACAGAGGUCGUCCACGAGAAUCGUAACGGUACAUAUCAAUGGGUCGUGAAGCCAAAGACUGUCAAAUACGAUUUCAAAACAGACACUCGUGUCCCCAAAUUAGGGGUUAUGCUUGUUGGUUGGGGAGGAAACAAUGGAUCAACACUAACCGCUGGUGUCAUUGCUAACAAAGAAGGAAUAUCGUGGGCGACUAAAGACAAAGUGCAACAAGCUAAUUACUUUGGUUCACUUACUCAAGCUUCAUCGAUUCGUGUUGGCUCUUACAAUGGUGAAGAGAUCUAUGCUCCUUUCAAGAGUCUUCUUCCAAUGGUGAAUCCAGAGGAUGUUGUGUUUGGUGGUUGGGAUAUAAGUGACAUGAAUUUAGCAGACGCUAUGGCUAGAGCUAGAGUUCUUGAUAUUGAUCUGCAGAAACAACUUAGACCUUACAUGGAGAACAUGAUCCCACUUCCUGGUAUCUAUGACCCUGAUUUCAUCGCUGCUAAUCAAGGUUCACGUGCUAAUAGCGUGAUCAAAGGUACCAAGAAGGAACAAGUUGAUCACAUCAUCAAGGACAUGAGGGAGUUUAAGGAGAAGAACAAAGUGGAUAAGUUGGUUGUGUUAUGGACUGCAAACACAGAGCGUUAUAGCAAUGUGAUUGUAGGACUUAACGAUACGACGGAGAAUCUAUUGGCUUCUGUUGAAAAGGACGAGUCUGAGAUCUCGCCGUCUACGUUGUAUGCGAUUGCUUGUGUUCUUGAAGGCAUUCCUUUCAUCAAUGGGAGUCCUCAGAAUACUUUUGUCCCCGGUCUUAUCGAAUUGGCUAUAUCGAAGAAUUGUUUGAUUGGUGGGGAUGAUUUCAAGAGUGGUCAGACUAAGAUGAAAUCCGUUUUGGUUGAUUUCCUUGUUGGAGCUGGCAUUAAGCCUACUUCGAUUGUGAGCUAUAAUCAUUUGGGAAACAACGACGGGAUGAACCUCUCAGCGCCACAGACUUUCCGCUCUAAGGAGAUUUCAAAGAGCAAUGUUGUAGACGACAUGGUAGCUAGUAAUGGCAUCCUCUUUGAGCCUGGUGAACACCCUGACCAUGUCGUUGUCAUCAAGUAUGUGCCAUAUGUUGCGGAUAGUAAAAGAGCAAUGGAUGAGUACACGUCUGAGAUAUUCAUGGGAGGGAGGAACACUAUAGUGUUGCAUAACACUUGUGAGGACUCUCUCUUGGCUGCACCAAUUAUCUUGGAUCUUGUCCUUCUCGCUGAACUCAGCACCAGAAUCCAAUUUAAAGCUGAAGGAGAGGUUUGUAUUCCGUUAGUUAGUUACCAAGAAACUCGAGAUUGGUGAGUUUUUUUUUUUCAUGUUUGAAUCUAUUCUCUUUCAGGGGAAGUUUCACUCUUUCCACCCGGUAGCUACCAUACUCAGUUACCUCACAAAGGCACCUCUUGUACCGCCCGGAACACCGGUGGUUAACGCUCUGUCGAAGCAGCGGGCAAUGCUGGAAAACAUUCUUAGGGCAUGUGUUGGGCUUGCGCCAGAGAACAACAUGAUCAUGGAGUACAAGUGAAGGAUGAGGAAGAAGAAGUAAAGGUACCUAAGAUGACCUUAGGAUAUGAAGGACACUGCUCCAUUGUUUCAUUUAUAUAUAUCAUUUUGUAUGUAUAUUAUAUGAAUGUGUGUGUGACGGAUAAUAUGGAUAAGCUUAGGGUUAACUUGUGUGAUAUGGAUCUGGUCGGUUUAUUUGGUGAGAAGAUUAGCUAAGCUUUUGGAUCAAAUGUGUAAAAGAUUUAAGUAAUUAUGCUUGUGUCUCCUUGUAAUAUAACCAAACUUAUGAUCUAUGAAUAUGGAUUUUCAAAAUCAAAA